AUGUAUAGCCAUCACAUUUUAUUCUGUCUGCUAGAUGUGAUAAUAGUAGAUAAUAGUGAUAUUGGUGAUAAUUGCCAUUAUGGACCCGGGUGGUCAUCCAUCCGGGAACUAGUAGCAGCGGCCGUUGCUUACUCACAAUCACAUUGCUUCCCCGAGCCACCCGUGUAUAUUCUGAUGCUCGGUGGUAAAUAUGCGAAUAUGAUGACGAUGCGAAUGGCGGUGCGAGGGUGCAAUCCACAGCGAGAGAAUGAAGGGCCGAUUGUUGACAACGAAAUUCUAAGCGAUGAAUGUGACUCUACGGUGAUGUCCGAAACUAUCCACAAUACUGGUAGGCGUUGA